GCCUGCUCUUUUGUUCCGUCCGUUGUCAAUUUUACGCGUGGUUUUUAACGAUUCAAAUGGCCUUGAUUCUGAUAGCUGUUUAUCUGUGACUGUUUCUUACGUGAUGUAUUAUUGUUUUUCCAUUGUUGGCUGGAGUCAAAUAUGCUUUUAUGUUUCUGAGGUUCAAUUCUACUCCAUAUGAUUUUUGAGUCAAGAUAAAACUAAUGGGGCAUAGAAUCAGAGCAGACAGGAAAGGCAAUACCAACAAGGGUGUGCGGAAGGUAAUGAAGUGCCUAUGCUCAGAGGAGCCAUUAAGAGAAGAAGAUGAUAACAGCAUCGAGGAAGUUGAAUCAUCCCUUUGUGGAAGUGGCUGUUUGAAUUAUGAGGAAGCUAGAGCUCGUUUGGGAAAAUGUGAAUAUCAGAAAGGAAAUAUAGAAGCUGCUGUGCAUGUUUUUGAGCAAAUAGAUACGGAGGUUGUAGCUUCCAUGAUUAAAAGUUCUCUUGCCAAAAGGGGAACGCACCACGAGAGACUUUCCCAGAAUCAUGCUACGCGGUCAUUGUCCAUUCAUUCUGUUGGCUUACUGUUGGAAGCAUUCUUCUUAAAAGCAAAGUCUUUGCAGGCUCUUGGAAAGUUUAAAGAAGCUGCCCUAUCUUGCAAAGUUAUUCUGGACAUGGCCGAAUCUUCAUUACCCCGAGGCUUGCCUGAAAACUUUGGUGUUGGAUGUAAAUUGCAGGAGACUCUGAGUAGCGUGAUUGAGUUGCUUCCUCACUUGUGGAAACUUGCAGAUAGUCCACAUGAAGCUAUUAUGUCAUACCGACGGGCACUUCUUCAUAAGUGGAAUCUUGACGCAAAAGUCACAGCAAAGAUUCAGAAAGAGUUUGCUGUUUUUCUUCUAUAUAGUGGAGUGGAAGCAAGUCCUCCCAGUCUUCGUUCCCAAAUGGACACCUCAUAUGUACCCAGAAAUAACAUAGAAGAGGCUAUACUUCUUUUGAUGAUUCUGUUAAGACAGGUCUGUUCCAAUAGAAUUGAGUGGGAUCCUUCAAUUUUGGAUCAUCUUUCAUUUGCUUUGUCUGUUUCAGGGGAUUUGACAGCUUUAGCCAAUCAAUUGGAACAAUUGCUCCCCUCCUCUGUCAAUCCAACAGAAAAGUGCCAAACACUUGCUUUUUGUUAUUAUGGAGCAGGUCAGGACUUGGUGGCACUGGGACUUCUUAGAAAAAUGUUAUGUAGCAGAGAGGACCCAAAACAUGUUUCAGGUUUGUUAAUGGCAGCAAAGAUUUGUUGUGAGAACCCUAGUCUUGCUGGAGAAGGGGUAAGUUUUGCUCGCAGAUUGCUUGAGAAAUUGGAAGGAAGAUGUGAUCAAUUAGCAAGUUCUGCCUAUUGCUUCCUUGGUCUAUCAUUUUCAGCACAUUCAAAAUCGUCCAUUUCUGAUUCAGAGAGGUACAGACGACAAUCUGAGGCACUUCACAACCUGGAAGUUGCCUCCAGAAUGACAAGAAUGAGAAACCCGCUGAUCCAAUACCAUCUCAGUUUAGAAUAUGCUGAACAGAGAAAGUUGGAUGCUGCCCUUGAUUAUGCCAAAUGCUUGCUAGAACUGGAAGCAGGGUCUAAUAUUAAAGGGUGGUUACUACUGGCCAGGAUAUUAUCAGCUCAAAGUCGAUUUUUGGAUUCUGAAUCUGUUAUCAAUGCUGCUUUGGACCAGACUGGGAAAUGGGAUCAAGGAAAUUUGCUGCGAACAAAAGCUAAACUUCAGAUUGCGCAGGGCCGUUUAAGGAGUGGCAUCGAAACGUAUAUUCAGCUUCUUGCUGUUCUUCAAAUUCAGAGCACAAACUUUGGUUCUGAGGAAAAGCUAAAUAAGGACGUCAAAGAUGAUACCCAGAGAUUGGAAAUGGAAAUAUGGCAUGAUCUUGCCUUCUUAUACAUAAGCCAGUCAAAAUGGCAUGAUGCAGGAGCGUGUCUUUCAAAGUCUAAGGGCAUCAAACUAUACUCUGCUUCUAGAUGUCAUGCAACCGGUCUGAUAUAUGAAGCAAAGGGCCUUUAUAAAGAGGCUCUAAAAGCUUAUCGUGAAGCUUUGGAUAUUGAUCCCAAUCACGUCCCAAGCUUGAUUUCUAAUGCGUUGGUUCUCAGAAGGUGCAGUAAAGAAUUGAAUGCUGCAGUUCGAGGGUACCUGAUGGAUGCUCUACGGCAUGACAGAAUGAAUGCUUCUGCUUGGUACCAUCUUGGCAUUCUUCACAAGGCUGAGGGUACAAUAUCUUCAUUAGUGGAAGCCAUGGAAUGCUUCAAGGCUGCACAAUAUCUCGAAGAAACUGCACCAGUUGAGCCUUUCAGAUGACUAGCUCAUGCUCGUUCUCCAGAUUCUCACCAAAAAAAAAAAAAAAAACUCUUUUUUGCACUUGGUAUGUUGAAUCAAGCAUAGUUUUUACGUGUUCUUAUCUUGUGAUAUAGUUCAAUCGGAAAACAAAAUAAGGAAGGCACGCUUCAUGAUAUCCUUUGAUUUCCUUCUGUGGGAGCCCUGGCUAUAGUUACCAAUGGAGUGACAAGAAGUUUUCAUGUGGUAUUGAUUGAUUGUGCAACAAGUGAAUAAAAGAUGACGACGACGACGACCAUGAAAAGUAUAGCAAAGACUGAAGUUCUGAGUUCAGCUGUGUGUCUCGAAUAUUCUGAAUUUCUGAAUGUGAAAAUAGAGGAGCAAAUAUCAUGCAGCACAGGUUUAAAGUGCAGAAAAAGAAGCCCCGACGUUACUAUCCCACGAUUUUUUGGGCUGUCAAUCUUGAAGGGAAACGCAAGUAUGAACAGAGCGUCUAUAUUCAAACAAUCCGUGAUAACGGUCCCGCCUCAUGAGUUGUUCAUGCCUUUUCUCGUAUGAGAGUUUGAAUUUGUAAAGCCAAGAAAUUACUUUCAAAAUGAAAAAUAUAAUCAUAUUAGAAAUGAAUUUUUUU